AUGGAUGUGGCAUGUCAGAAACACAUGAAGGAACGCGAAGAACUGGAGAAUUAUCAGAAGAAACUUCUGGAAGAGAAAUGUGCAGUUGUUAAGAACAAAGAUGAUGUUAUUCAGAAGCUGGAAAGUUCUUGCGAGGCCCUGGCCAGAGAUCAAAGUGAGCUACUGCAAAAAGUGUCAACUCUUACUGCAGAGAGAGAUUCAGCCCUAGAAAAACACCUGUACCUUGAAAAUGCACAUUUAGCCUUAAAAAAUGAAAUGGACAAUCUGCUCCAGACAAGACAAAGUCUGCAGGCUGAGAAGGAGAUGCUCCUCAAAAGCAUAGAAGAGCUGCAUGUGAGUUUGGACAACAGGGUUAGUGAAAACCAAGCACUGAAAGUGAGGAUGGAAGAGAUGGAAACAGACCUCGAGACCAAACAGAAGGGACUUAAAAAAGCCAUGGAAGACAAUGCAGAGCUGAAGGAUUCCCUUGCUGGUCUCUCUCAUGAUCUUGAGGAAAUGAAAGCCUCAAGAGUCAGAUCCGAUUCCGAGUGUGUGCGGUUACUGCAAGAGAAGGAGGCUCUUUCUUCAUCAGAACAAAGGCUUCUGGCUGAAAGGGAGGAACUGCUGACUGAGAACAGGGCAGUUGCUGACAGGCUUGCUCGUGCCACUGCAGAUGCCACACUUGCUGAGAAAGCCUUUACUGAGAAAAUAAAUGAGCUGAGCUUAGAAAAGGAAUCAGUUUUUCAGAAGUUGUUGCAAUUUGAAAAGCACAAUGAAGCUCUUCUUCAAGAGAAGAGUGAAUUGGAGAAAAAAUGCUCAGAGCUUCUUGAUGAAAACAAGUCUUCUGCAAAUGCCAUUUCUGAUAUGAAGAGAGAACAUGAGCUGGAUGUCUCGGCCAAGAGAGCUCUGGCCCAAGAGAAUACCAUGCUCCAAGAUUCCAUUGAAGCCCUCAAGGAAGAGCUAAGUAAGAAGACUCAAGAAAAUCAAGAGCUAAAAGCCUGUAAAUGUGACCUUUCAGACCUUCUGAAAGAGGCCCAGGAUGCCAAAAUAACACUAGAAAAUGAACUGGCUGCCGUGUCACAUGCCAACCAGGUCCUGUCAUCUUCACUCGAGACCUGUUCCUCUGACAGAGAAACACUGACCAGAGAGAGGACUGAACUGCAAGUUAAGUGUCAGAAACUAAAUGGAGAGGUUGAGAUUAUGAAAGAAAACCUAAGCAGAGAAAAGGAAGCUAGAAAACUGGACAAGGAAUCGUUUUUGUUGGAACAUAUGGAACUUCAAAGCAACAUCAGCUUCUUGGAGAAGGAGACAGAAGAGCUGAGAGAGAAAAAGAAAGAAUUUCUGACUGAGAAAGAACUUUUAGUUCAGGAGAAAGAAAAAUCUGAAUCUAAACUGGUGGAAAUCAUUAAAGAAAAAGAAACCCUCUGUGCAGAGAAGGAGCAGCUUGCUUCCAGUAUUGAACAACUGAAGAGUGACUUUGCUUCCUUGUCCACAUCAAAAGCAGAGCUCCAGGACUUGCAUAACUCUGUCUCCAAGAGACUGAAUGAUCUUCAGCACAGGUAUGAGGUGACAGAGAAAGAGAGAAUAAAGCUACUUCAGGAAAAUGACAGCCUGCUUGCUAAGCAGAAGAGUCUGGUCAUCAUCAAGGAGGAAAUACUGCAGGAGAAGGAGAAAUUCUCCAAGGAUUAUGAUAAACUGACUGAGAAAGUAGCACUUUUAGAACAAACUAAUAGUGACCUCUCAGGCAAACUGCUGGUGUCUCAGGGCAAAAAUCAGAUGCUGCAGGAGGAGAUGAACAAUCUGGCUUUGAAACUAAAAGAAAUUGAGACUCUCCAGGCCCAAACAGUAGCCCAAAAAAUUGAGAGCAGUCUGUUGGAAGUGAAUAUCUACUGA